AUGAGCACAUCUGGAAAUAAGGAUUUCCGCGAUCAGCUGGGGAAGUUUCGCUUGGAUUCGAUUAAUACUUAUACCCCAACCUGGCCUCAACCACCUCCGGUUCAUGAGUCUAUAGAUGCCUCGAGCCAUGCUCGGAGCAAACGAGUAUCGACUGCCUGUGACUUUUGUCGCAAAAGGAAGAAGAAAUGCGACUUUCGAUACCCCAAUUGCUCAGCCUGCACCCGCGCCGGAGUCCGAUGCACCAUACCCCCGCCCGGUCCUCAAGUCGCUAGCGCCUCCGUUCCCCGAGAUCAGCUGGAGAAUUUGCAGAAACGUGUACGAUGGCUGGAGGAGGUUGUCCGUCGCAGGUCGGGAUUAUCGGUAGCGGAAUUGCCGACGGGGACACCAGUCGAUGGCGAGGGAGACCCGGAUUGGUGGUAUCAGGUCCCCGCUAUGGUUGCGACCGGGGGUAAUACCUCACUGCCGAGCCCUGCUGGUAGUGGCGGUUCUUCUGUGACGGCAGGACCCUCGGAGGCCUCGACUGGAGUAGGCACUGAACUCCCCAACAUCGGCGAGAUUUUUCGCGAUCAGCUGGAGAAUCGCCGACCGUCAGUGGCACGACCUUCCUCCGCGCCACGAGUCAUGCGCUUGUCGUCGCUGGAGGAAGCAGAACGGCUAGCCGUGCAAUAUUUCGAUAGUAUAGGAUACCAAUACCCGUUCCUGUCCCGUCCGGAGUUUAUGGGCCAUCUGCGCCAUAUCUAUACUGGUGGUGUUCCAUCACCGGAAAUCCAUCACUCUUAUCACAUUGUCAUUGCCAUUGCGCUUCUGAUUGGGUCUGCGGACCCGACCCAGGCCGCUGAAUUUUACCAUGCCAGCCAAGAGACGCUCCCCCUGGCAUUGCAAAAUGAAGACUUGCCGGCUGUGCGGGCACUUCUGGGAUUGGCCGUGUAUACCAUGUUUGCAACUUCUGGUCCUAGCAUCUGGCAUGUGUUGGGUGCGACAAUGAGGUUAUCGAUUAGUAUGGGUUUGCACAAAGCGCGGUCGUAUCCUAGCAUUGCUGAGGAGGAGAUGGCCAAACGCGCUUUUUGGAGUCUUUACAACCUGGAUCGCCUCAUCGCUAGUACCUUGGGUCGGCCAUUGGGAAUCGCCGACGACGAUAUUAGCGUGGGCCUUCUGCGAGAACUCAAUGAUGAUGAAACCGAAGCGCCUGGCGCUAGCGCGAUGACGAUUCCUUUGCAGGUGACACGUCUGCGGCGGAUAUUUUCGCGCAUUUAUCAAUACUUAUAUAGCAGCCUGCCACGACUGCCACCCCAAGAAGCUGCCGCCACGCUUAGUCGAUUCCGCCAUGAGGUUGAUGACUGGCGCAUGACGGCUCCAGUAUAUCCAUCGGCACUUCUCUAUUCUACCUCUUAUUACGAUUAUCUUUAUUACACAACACUUCUCUUGAUGUACCGCCCCAGCCCGCGCAAUCCGACGCCCGACAUAACUAGUAUCAUCAGCUGUGGUGAAUCUAGUAUCCAAGUAAUUCGAUCCUAUUGGGAUAGCUACUCAGUCGGCAAGCUGAAAUGGAUUUGGUUAACGCUCAGUCAACUUUAUUUUGCAGGUAUCACUAUCCUGUGGUGCCUUGAGCAGAACGCACGCUCAUUACGGGAGUUUCAACCUGCCCCUUGGAACCCCGAAGAACAGACGAUGCGACGUGGUAUUCAGGCCGUUGUCGUACUCUUGGAAGAAUUUGGCAAGCGUCGGCCUGGGGUGGACCGGUUGGCAGAGACAUUCCGGCACCAGAGCACAGUGAUCUUUAGCCAAAUGGCCUAUCAGCAACAGCAAUUAGAGCAGCAACAUCAUCACCCACAACACCAACCGCAACAACCACCGCCUCCACCACCUCCACCUGCACUUCUCCCACCUCAUCCAAUGUCUUUGGCCGCACCCCCUCCACCUCCAGUCCCACUCGCUCCAGUUCUCGACGAUGUGUUACUUGUGGAUGGGAGUGGGAGUGUCCCGAUGAUCGAUCCACAGAUGGCGGAACAACUCUUCUACUCCUACAAUUGGUUCCAAGAGGAGAUGGCAUCAUACUAUACCCUUUGA